AUGAAAAUGAUAAAAAAAAGUCUUAUAUAAUCAGACAAGCAUAAAUAAAAUUGUUUAGUUGAAAAAAAUAUUUUAUUAAAUUCAAUUAAUCCUUUUAUAAUUAAAUUAUAUUAUACUUUUUAAGAUAAUAAUAACUUAUAUUUUAUUUUAGAUUAUGUAGAAUAAGGAGAUUUAUAUCAUUUUUUAUUAAAUAAUUUAAAAAAUCUUAGUGAAAAAUAUACAGUAUUUAUAAUUGCCUAAAUAAUAUUAGGUCUAUAAUAUUUACAUGAAAAUAAUUAUAUAUAUAGAGAUUUAAAACCUGAAAAUAUAUUAAUAAAUAGAAAAGGUUAUAUAAAAUUAGCAGACUUCGGACUUUCUAAAAUAAAAACUGAAAAAGAAGACAAAUGUUAAACUAUUUGUGGGACAUUAUAUUAUAUGGCACCAGAAAUAAUGUUUGAAAGUUAAGGAUAUGAUGAGUCUGUAGAUUGGUGGAGUCUUGGAAUUAUUUUAUAUGAGAUUUAUCAUGGUUUACCCCCUUUUUAUUAAUCUAAAAAUUAAAUGGAAAUAUUAUAAAAAUAUAAUGAGGAAUAAAUUCAAAUAAAUUCUGAUAUAAAUCCAAACGCAAGAGAUUUAAUACAUAAAUUAUUAUAAAAAAAACCUAAAGACAGGAUUGGAUAUCAAAAUGUUGAUGAUAUUAAAAAUCAUUCAUAUUUUAAGGAUAUAAAUUGGAAAAAAUUAUAUAAUUAAAGCUUAAAAGCUCCAAAAAUACAUAAUUUAAAUAAAAGUUUAGCUAAAACUGAAAUUUUUAAUUUUAAAGAAGAUAACGAGCAUUAAAUAUCCUCUUAUUGUAAAAUAUCAAAUUUUACUUGUAGUAAUAAUUAAUGA